AUGGCUACCCCUAGCGUCCUCGCUUUUGACGCUGAGGGUCGAGCCAUUGACUUUGAGGUCUGGGUCGACGACCUGCAGCUGUUCUUACAGUGCGAUAGGGCGGACGGUCUUUCCCUCUUUGACCUCACCUCUGGCGCCUCUCCUGCCCCUGCUACUGAUGCUGACCCCACUGUUCGCUCUCAGUGGGCCACCCGCGAUGCUGCUGCACGUCUUGCUGUGCGUCGCCACCUGCCUACCACUGAGCGCGCGCACUUUAUGACACUCGCUACCCGCGCCGCCCUUCCUGCUGAGUUCUGCGCCAAGAACCCCCCCCCCAUGUACAUCACUCUCUAUUACAUCGUCACACGCCUCCCUGACUCCCUUCGCGUAGUCAGGGACCACUACCUCUCGGUCUGUCCCACCACUCUCACUGUCGACCUCCUCGAGAAGUCCCUCCUGGCGGCGGAGAAGAGCAUCGUCGCUGUAGGAGCCUCUCGUGGUGACCCUCGCACCCCCAUCUUUGAGGGGUGUUCUCCUUCCCCCCUGCUGCCCUCUGUUGCCUCUGCUGCUGCUGCCGACCUGCUUGGUCUUGAGUCGGUCUGCGCGGCGUCUGCCCCUAGCGGGAGACGCCGCCCUGGCAGGGGCAAGGGGGGCAAGGGCGCGGGUGGAGCUGGCGGGGGCGGUGGAGGAGGCGGUGGAGGCGGAGGAGGGAGUGGGGGUGGCGGUGGGAGUGGUGGCGGGGGCGGUGGUGGAGGUGGCAGCAGCGGAGGAGGAGGCGUCGGUGGCGGCAGCGGUGGGAGCGGAGGCAGCGGUGGUGGUGGAGGUGGAGGCAGCGGUGGCGGAGGGGGUGGAGCUGGUCGGGGUGGUGCCCCGCAGCGUAGCGGCCCUGGUGGUGGCCAGCGUCAGCAGCAGCAGCAGCAGCAGCAGCGUUCGCGGGACAUCCCCCCGCCCCAGCAGCUCCGUGAGUGGUAG